UGUGCGUAUCGAGACCCAUGCGGCUUUUCAACCUUCGUGUUGUGCUGAUGUCGAGCUGUCACCGUCGAAUAUGCAGGCCGCAAUGGAGAUAACAGCCAAAUACUGCCAGAAGGAGAUGGAAGAGUAUGGUGCUUGUGUUGCCUCUCAUCCAGCAGAGUGGCAGCAACAGUGCCAGCACCUGAAGGUGAAGGUGGCGCAGUGCACCUCCUCUCAUCCAGUGAUUAAAAAGAUCCGGACGGACUGUGCGGGAGAAUUUGCUGAGUUUGAACGAUGCCUACGAGAGAACCAAGCCUCUGCUCAGACCUGUUCACCACAUGUUGUACGUUUUCUGGCCUGUGCAGAGACGGUUGACAUUAAAGGUCUAGGAAAUGCAGUGCCUCAACCUACAUAGAACACAAGAACCCCUAUGUGACCUCAGUAUUAAGCCAUGGAUCUUAUGGCUUAACUUAUUUUUAUGUGAUCAAAAUAUUGUACACACAGACAUACUAGGCUUUUUGAUGCUGUUGUCAGGAAACACGAUCACUUAUUUACACACAUUUCAAACCAUGUUUUAUGUGAGAAAUGCUGACCUCAGUAUGUAUAAUGUGAUGAAAUACAGAUUCUGUUUUUGUCUGUUUUAGACAUUUACUUGUACUCAUCGUUACAUAAUAUUUACUAUUUGUAUGUAAUUUAAAUAAUAAAAUAACAAUACAUUAUGAUUAGUAGGCCUGUCACAAUCAUUGAAUUUUAGCUGAAAAUGAGUUGCCAUAUUAAUAAUAAUUGCGAUUAACAAUUUCUUUGUCCUUUUUUUUGUUCACUGUAACUAUUAAAGCCUAAAGUGCAGCCUAAAGUGACUGAACUGGCUGAUUAGCUCUCAAGCCUCCUAGCUGCUGACACAGCUUGAGCUCAAAUGACUCACUGCUGCCCUCUAAAGGUGUUAUUAGCAAACAUCCAGUAAACAAACAGUAUUCACCGCUGCCUCUAAACAUCCAAUACACAAACAUUUCUCACGGCUGUCCCCUAAAGUCAGAUAUUACUAAGACCUGCGCCUUUUCUGCUUCCUUUUGUUUACGUGUAUUUGAACCCUGAUGAAAACAUACCCAAUUCACAUUCUGCUAACAACCAUGAAAAAUAAUUGUGGUCAGUUCAAAUAACUGUGAUCAGGCAAUUAUGUAAUAAUUGUGACAGACCUAAUUAUUAGCAUUAUUAAUAUAAAAAUUAUGGCCAACACAAAAACAGAAGUUCAGGACACACAGGAGUGAAACUGAAUAAAGUUGACGAUAAAUACAAACAGUUAAUGUAAAUAAACUUACUAAACCUCACAGCAUGUAGGCUGCAGUAUGUGCCAGAAAAUACAGUAUCCUGCAUAACAGAACGGCUGUUUAUCUGAACCAAUGACUUCCAUUAUUUUUAGUUACAAUAUUCACUUUUGCACUGUUCUAAACUGUUUUGAUGCUCAUGGUAAAUUAAAAUGGGGGAGAGGGGGGGUUGGUCAAACAUUUGAAACUUUUUUUGGUGAUUCAGUAAUAAUAAUAAUACAGCUCUGCAUGGGGUUUCCUGAUUUUUUAUGAUACAUUUUCAUGAUAAAAAAUAAAAUGCACAAGCUGAAAUCA